AUGUUGGAGCAUCUAGCUCCGUGGUCGCCUACUACCGAGGUCACCACCAAGGUGAAGAUCGAUGACCUGGAAAUUCGUUUCAAAAGAACAAUUCGUGUUCCGGACAAUGAUGACACAAACGACCUACCCCCGGACGCAGGCUCAUUCCCGCUGUACAAGGUCGACGACUACGCCGAUGCUCUCCCGCUGAGCAUGGCGCAGAAGGGCGGAUUGUUUAUUCCAAUGUAUCAGAAAGAAGCCAUCUGGGUUGGCUUCACUUCGAUGCGUCGGUAUGCCAUCGAAGUUUUCGUGGGUGGCAUCAACGCUGUUUCAGGCGAACCUAUCGUUGCGGACGCUGCCACGGCACUCCGGCGCCGGAACCUCAUCCGUCAAGGCAAGAGCGUGCAGGACUAUGUCGUCGUUCCAGGCCAACACUGGCUCGAUGGUAUUGCAUUCGGACAGGGAAACGUUCGACAGUUCGUGGCCAUGCCGGCAGGAAAAGGUCAUUCCGUCGAGAGUCAGAUCACUGGCGAGGAAGUCACCGGAGGCAUCCAGUUCAACAUUUCUCGUCUAGACAUCAUGCCUCGUGAUAUCAAGAAGGAGGACGAAAUCACUCUCAUGGUUCAGUCCCUCAAUCGCGGCUACAUCUCGUUGAAGGCAUCCCAAGCCGAUACCGUUGCCGAAUUCAAGGCACGAUUUGAGGCAAAGGAGAAAGUGCCUGCAGAUCUGUUGCAUCACGAAACACUCGCUGAGUACCACCUGCCCAACCAUGGGCUGAUUCAAACAGCGACAAGACUCCGCGGUGGCGCUGUUGGCAACUCGGCGGAGAUGCACAUGGCCGCCGGUGGACGAAUCACCCAGGGUAUUGUCGCGCUCCAGAAGCUCCGUUAUUCGAAGACAGUUCCCGUCACGUUCAACGUCCAGGUUCUCAACAGCGCCAGCUUCGAACGCGUGACUGGCAAAAAGCCGCCUCAGUCUCCAAUUACAGCCAAGUGGUACGCCGAUGCUGGCUACCCUUUCUUUUCGAUCUACGAGGAACCGACAACCAUUUGUGGUGAUUUCACUGGCGUAAAGUCCAUCGCGGAAAUCGAUGGAACCACUGAAGAGUCCAUGCCUGUUGGUAUGCCGGUCGUGGACUGCAUCACCCGCAAGGUCCGUCCUGGCAAGGGUGCUGUUGGGCUCUUUAACCCGCAGGCACUAGACCUCAAGUUGGAGCUGGAAUGGGAGCUGGUGGAAAGACUUCAGAAAAUGCGAACUCUAUUUUGA